AUGAUACCAACUCGUGCUGGAAAAAAAUUGUUAAUGGUGAAUGGAUACACAUAUGCCGAAACGUAUAAAUACGCUUAUUAUUGUUCAAAGAGGCACGCUGGAUGCAAAGCGCGAGUGAAGCUUACGAAAAGUGACUAUUUGGACUUCAAGCUGAUACCAACUCCGACUGGAAAACAUAUGAUUAUGGUUAAUGAAUACACCUUCAAUAGGUUUAGUAGAUACGUGUACUACUGCUCAAAAAGACACUCUAAUUGCAAGGUGCGGUUGAGGCUCACGAAAGAUAUGAAAGUUUCGGCGACUAAGUCUAUAAUAGGCACACAUACCCACCCACCCCCUGAGUAUAUGUUGACUCCGUCGGGGCAAUUGGUAAAGCAUUCUAAUGGUGCUGCUGAACGAAUCAGGCAGAGCUCUGGGGUAGACCAUAGAGUGGCUGAUGGUUCGGGGCUGGGGACUCACUUCCGAGCAGCCUGGAACCGCAGGUCAUGGUUUGGCGAACAAUCUUAUCCCGAGGAUCAAUCUUAUUGGGUUGUGGUGCUUAUAUGGGGGGCGGUAUUUUCUAUAACAAAACGUGGAGCUGAAAUGAUCUCUUAUCAAGGUUAUAAAUUUCUAAGACAACGUAAACAGGGUUACAAGACUAGAUGGCUUUGUGGGACACACAACAAUAAAGGCUGCAGAGCAAAUAUCUAUACACUUGGAAGAACUAUUAUAAAGGGCAUUAAUAUACACAACCACUCCCCUUUGAACAUACCAGAAGAGGAUACAGACGCAGCAUCAGAUAUGAAUCGAAAGUUGUGGAAGAUCUGUGAUACGAACCUCUGA